CAGGCCUGGCUUUGGCCCCUGCACGUGGCCUGGGGAUCAUGCAGCACCCGGCCCAGGGCACCCAGCAUGCUUUUGCAGCCCACACUGGGCGCCAGCUGGCCACAGUCCAUGAUGGCCACUCAGCCAUCACUGGCACUUGGCAAUCUCUCCUGGCCUCAGUCACCCUCCCAGCCCAGCGCUGGCAGCUCCACAGCACCUGUUGUGGCCCCAGGGCUGUGCCAGUGGCUGUUCCUGCUACCUGGUCCCUUCUUGUCCCCUGGGCCGAGGCACCCCUGGGCCCCUGCCCUGAGCACUGCGCUGCCCUCAGAGCAGCAGCACCAAUGCCUCAUUUCCUGCUGCUGCUGCAGCCUCUGCAGGCCGUGGGCCCCACGCUAGAGUUGGCAACCUGGGGCCCCAUCUCCAGGUGUCAUCCAGCAUCCCAGCGCUGUCAAUGCUGUCACCUCCCCUGUGUUCCUGCAGGCUCAGGCAGGGUUUGGGCUGGGUCCAGCUGCACAGUUCUGUUUCUUCUCCUGCUGGAGGCUGAGCUCUCUGUUACCUCCCUCUUCUGCGUGUAUCCAUGGCAGUGCUGUGACAAGAGGCUGGCUCAGGAGCAUAUUUUAUGGCUGUGGUGGUGGCUGUCCUGCCAACACAUGCCCAUGACACCUGGCCCAGCUGUGCUUGAAAGCUGUGGCCCUGCCUGCUCCACUGGGACAAAGGCACUACUGGAGACAUGGAGCACUCUCAGCAGCCAGCCAGGCACAGAGUACAGUUCUCUCACCAGCCGGCUGGGAAGAAUGAACCAGAAGCAGCUGGGGGCUGAGCUGCCCACCAGGGUUAAACCCCAUCGUGCAUCCAGGAUAGAGACAAGGUGGGGUUUUGGAGCUGUGCUCCAGGGCAGGAGCUGCUGCCGUGGGGAGAGGCACGAGGCCUGGGGCAGGGGCACAGGAGCCGCAGUGGGGGCAGGAAGCAGGCAGGGGAGCUGACUCGGCUGUGGGACA